AGAAGAAUGAACCAAUAGUGUUAGCCCACAGUGAUGAGGGGCGGGGUUAAAUAACCAACUUAACAUUUGGAAGCACGCUACUAUAGAAACUGACUUGAGAGACGCAUUGUAGAGAUCCUCGGUUUUGAGGGUGUCUCAAAGUUUCUUUUCGGGCUUCAUCAGUCUGCAUCGUAAGGAUUGCUACAGGCUCCGCAGCGCUAUAACGCAGUGCUGCAUACAGUAGGACCUGAUCAUCCUAACACUUCAUUCAUCUCAGGGAGACCAGCGGUGUGUUUAUGUCUGUGCUUUACGAAAACGCAGACUAUUCGGACGUCAGGAGCUGCGGAUGGGAAAGAACUGUUGGACAGCUGUCGAAACCUGCGUGGGGGGAACUUAGUCGACAAGCUUGCCCCUUGGAGCCUCAUUGGCCAAACCAUUUUCAUGUCACAGACCGAGUCUUCUUGCAGUCGUUUAUGUCAUCCUUUCCUUUCUGGACAGAAAAUACGAAAAAUCGCCAAUUCUUGCAGUCUUGCUGAUAAACCCUACAGUAAGCCAGGAUGUCUGUCAACGUCAACCGAAGCGUCACGGACCAGUUCUACCGGUACAAGAUGCCGCGUUUGAUUGCUAAGGUGGAAGGCAAGGGGAAUGGUAUUAAGACUGUUAUAGUCAACAUGGUUGAUGUUGCCAAGGCACUGAACAGGCCUCCAACUUAUCCAACCAAGUUCUUUGGCUGUGAGCUGGGAGCCCAAACCCAGUUUGAUGCGAAGAACGACCGCUACAUUGUCAACGGAUCUCAUGAGGCAAACAAACUGCAAGACAUGCUGGAUGGAUUCAUUCGCAAGUUUGUGCUGUGUCCGGAGUGUGACAAUCCUGAGACUGACUUGCACAUCAACGCUAAAAAGCAGACCAUCGGAAACUCCUGUAAGGCCUGCGGAUACCGAGGCAUGCUGGACACCAGACACAAACUCUGUACCUUCAUUCUCAAAAAUCCACCUGAGAGCGACAGUGGUUCUGUCAAGAAGGAAAAGGAGAAAAAGAACCGCAAAAAAGACAAAGAGAACGGCUCGAGCAGCGGAGAGGCAGGAAACCGUAGGGACAUUGAUGCCCCUGAUGCUGUGGAUGGAGAUGACGAUGAUGAAGAUUGGGCUGAAGAGACCACAGAAGAGGCACAGCGUCGCCGGAUGGAGGAGAUCAGUGAGCAUGCUAAAGGCCUCACACUCAGCGAUGAUCUGGAGAAAAGCCUAGAGGAAAGAGUCAACCUGUUCUACAAUUUUGUGAAGCAAAAGAAGGAGCAGGGACUGAUUGACUCGUCUGAUAAGGAAAUCCUGGCUGAAGCAGAGCGUCUUGAGGUGAGGGCCAUGGGCCCUCUGAUUCUGAGCGAGCUGCUCUUUGAUGAGAACAUCCGUGAGCAGAUUAAGAAAUAUAAGCGUCAUUUCCUUCGAUUUUGCCACAAUGAUAAAAAGACUCAGAAGUAUCUCCUGGGUGGCAUCGAGUGUCUGGUGAAGCUCCAUCAGAGUCAGCUGCUGCCUCGCGUCCCCAUCAUUCUCAAAGAUCUGUAUGACGCCGACCUGCUGGAAGAAGACGUCAUCCUCGCUUGGGCUGAGAAGGUCUCCAAAAAGUAUGUCUCUAAAGAGCUCGCUAAGGAGAUCCAUGCCAAGGCUGAGCCCUUCGUGAAAUGGCUGAAGGAAGCAGAAGAGGAGAGUGAGGGUAGCGAGGAGGAGAACGAGGAAGACGAAGACAACGUGGAGGUGGUGUAUUCUUCUUCUGCACGUGAGCUGAAGAUGGAAACCACAAAGCCUGAAAAGGCUGAUAAGGAGGAAGAAGAUAUUGAUAUUGAUGCCAUUUAAAAAUGUAACAAAUGAAUGAAGCUGCCUCUUGAUACUUUGCAAUGCUGCUCCUUGGUAAACCAACCCUUCCUGCUCUUCAGCUGUAGGCCCGUGUCAGUGCUGUGCUAGAAAGCCUUAUUUUAGUCACUAUUUGAAUUCGUUGCCAUGGUAUUUAUAUGCAUGAAACUCUGGAUUAUAGGGAGCUCAAGUCAUGCCCCUCCCCUUGUAUUUUUGAGAUUAUUAAAGAAUGUUUGCCAGUUAA